AUGGGCAUUCCCAUUGAUGACAAUCCUGCGUUUGGACUACAAUGGGUUUCAACAACCACAGCAAAUAUACUCUGUACUACUGAACCUGUGGGGAAUUGGAACUCUUCAGAUAAGGAAUGGGAGGAGGAUACUUGGGAAUAUCUACUGACACGAGAUGAUAAUUUAUUGGAAAGUCUGUGGGCAUCGCUGCAAGACAUCAAGGAUCCAGGAGUAACUAAUGAAGUUGAUUGUUUUCGGGCUAUUGAUGCAAAAAUUAACUUACUCCUUGCAGUACGACAAUCUAUAGGAGUGGAACUUCUUCCUGCAGAAGAAGAGAUGAGCCAGAGUUGA